AUGUCACGAGAUCUGGCCAGUCUCUCCGCAGCCCGUGUCUGCGUCUGCCUGCUACAACAGGCUAGUCUUGUGUGGGAAGAACUGAUUGCUCAGUACAGCAGGGAGUCUGCUAUCAGCGGUGACGGUCGUCGCCUGGUGCCCCUCCUACAGACCAUCUUUACUCUGGCUCGGUUGGUGGAGACAGUCCCCACUACAGCCCAGUUCUUAGAAACUGGCUUACCUCGCGAUGCCUCUGUGGAUAGGAAGGCUUUGGUCGCCGCUUGGACGGAACUCGCCCCAAAGGCCAGGUCUGCGCUCAAGAGCCUGCUUACCGUUUUGGCUACAAGCCUCCUGAGCAGUAGAAGUGAGAAGAAGGAUGCCGCCAAAGCAACAACUGCUGUUAUCGACUUGAAACGAUCGCCACGCACUGAGGCUCUCCUCCUUACCGCCAGCCUCCUAGCUCUGCUACUGAAACCCUCCACUAUCUCCUUCUCCACCGCCCCGCCAGAAAGUGACACCAAGGUGGUGGCGCCAGAUGUGGUUGCUGCUGUCUGCGUGGAAAACUCCGCCUCCGCCCUCUCCAUCGAGGCGCUGGGUAGCCUGGAGUCUGCUUCAGUCCGCUCGCAAUGUAUGGAUCUGUGUCUGGAGGUAGUACAAUCCUGUUGCUCUCAAUGGCGAAUCGAUACUGCUGCCGGGGCAGUUAAUGGCCUCCAGGUGGGUGAGAUAGUCGUACGCAGCGCGGUUUUUUGA